GGAGACUUGGUUUCCUUUUUGAGGAUUUCUUCAAAGCGGAGUAAGACGCCAUGCAUGAAGUAGCUGUGACCCAGAGCAGCUUGGCGGUGACCAACGGGAGUUUGAUCCCCUGCGUUCCGCCCUACGAGGAGGACCGCCUGCCACUGGUUCUGCUCUACAGUCUGGUCCUGGUCAUCGGGCUGCCAGCCAACUUGCUGACCGUGUACCUGACGUGGCUGCAGGUCCGUCGUAAGAACGUGCUGGGUAUCUACCUGUGGAGUCUGUCUCUGUGUGAUCUGAUGUACCUGGGGACGCUGCCCCUCUGGGCGCAUUAUGUCAACAGGGGCCACGAGUGGCCCUGGAGCUCUCUGGCCUGUAAGGUCACCGGCUACAUCUUCUUCAACAACAUGUAUAUCAGCAUCUUCCUCCUCUGCUGCAUCUCCUGCGACCGCUACAUCGCCGUGGUCUAUGCCGUGGAGAGCCGUGGGCUCCGCCGCCAGCGACUCGCCAUUGCCAUUGCCCUGUCCAUCGUCCUGGUGGUGGCCAUAGGACACUUCCCGGUCUUUACCAUGCAGGAGGGCGAUGCUGCUGAGGGAGAUGGGCGCUGCUUUGAGCCGGGCCAGAGCACCGCCAUGGUGACUGGCUUCAACUAUGCCCGGUUCGCUAUCGGCUUUCUGCUCCCACUGCUGCUGCUGGUGGUCACCAACCGUGCCGUCCUCGCCAACGUCCAGGCUAGCACGGGUCUGCGGCCCAGCCAGAAGCAGCGGGUGCGCUACCUGGUUGUGGCCGUGGUGGCGUUGUUCCUGGUUUGCUUUGCUCCGUACCAUGUCAUCCUCCUCUUAAGAGCCCAAAUUUUCCACUUCCCUCAGCUGGCAGACGGGACCUGUCACUUUGAGAAGCGAAUCUACACACCGUAUACCAUCUCUCUGGGGCUCUCCACCUUAAAUAGCGCCAUCAACCCCAUCCUUUACGUCCUGUCCAGCGACAACAUACGUAAGGAGCUGAGCCGUGGCCUCGCAGGGCUCUGUGGGAGCGGUGCCCUGCGUCCACGCUCCGCCGACAGCAGCCAGCACAAGAUGCACAACUCCAAGAACUCCUCAGACGCCAAUCGGGCAGGAGAAAAGUCUGGAGCUGAUGUUCCGAAAUGA